AUGGCUGUCCGCUUCUUCAGAGUAGUCACUUGCUUCAUCAGAGCCACUGCCUGCUUUGCUGUCACUGUUAUCCCCCCCUGCUGCGAACAGCUGAGGAUGUUGGGGAGCAGCAUGCUGCUCCUCACGGAGGUCAUCCCACUCUUCGAGCUGUUCAUGCAGGACUGGGAGCAACAGGCCCGCGUGAAGCCUCAAUACAGGCGAGCCAUCAAGGGCAGCCUCAAGUUGGCUGCAAAGCACUACAAGAAGAUGGACGACACAGAUGUGUACAUCCUAGUGAUGUUCAUCCACCCCCUGUAUUGCAUGGAACAUAUCAGGGAACACUGGGACGAGGACUUCAUCCAGGACUCCGAGGAGCUCAUCAAGAGCACGAUAAGGAAGUACAAGCACCCCAGCAUGCAGUGGGUGUAUGACAAGGUUUGCGGGCUUCGUGUAUACAACACUGGUCGUCAUGCGGGUGCAGCAGCGGCACCAGGGCAGCGAGAAGCCAACUCCGUGGACCGCAAGUAUGCAGAGUGGGUGGCCAAGGUCUACUGGUUGAACCCAAAUGUCAAGAAGCAGUGGCCCAUUCUGUGGCGCAUCACCAUGGACUACCUCCCGAUCCAGGCAACGUUAGUGCCGUGCAAACACCUCUUCUCCUCAAGUGCCGACACGGACACCCCGAAGUGCAAUCACAUCGGUGCCCAGCUCAUGGAGGCCCUGCAAGUCUUGAAGUACCUCAUCAAGAGGAACCGGCUGUCCUUCAUGAGGCACUUGCAGAGCCUGAGCAACCUGGUCAACAAUCUGCUGGCUGAGAAGGAGGCGGUUUUGAGUGUCCACACUGAUCUUGCUGUUGAUGACAUAUUUUCAAUCAUUUAA